AUGGGUAUCCGGCUCGUCUUAUUACUGAUGAGUAAUCAGGGAUAUUACUAUUUUGUACUGGCAUGUAUUGGCAUUCCAGCAAAUUUUGUGACUAUUAUAAUCCUGUGUCGAGGCAAUUGCGGUCUUUCCAAAUCUGUAACUCUGUAUCUGGUGGCCAUGACUCUCUCGGAUCUCCUAGUUAUUAUGUUCUGUGUGAUAUUCGAUUAUCUUGUGCAUUACCACGUGAAAUCUUUGCUAUAUGUCACUACCCAACUCUGUGCCUUCAAUGAGUUCCCAAAGUCUGCUUUCAUGGAAUGUUCGAUCUGGUCCACAGUUGUUUUCACCGUUAAUCGUUUUGUGGCUAUCUCCCAACAUGGAUUCAAAGUGAAAUAUUGUACCUGGAGAACAGCAGUCAAUGUCCUCCUUACCAUCUGGGUGGUGAGCAUCUUGAGAAGCAUUCCUGAUUACUUUAAGUACGAGCCCAUCAUCACCACAGACCAACAAGGUAGAGGCUGCAGAGUACAGUUAGACUUCAUGCUGAUGCUGAAAUGGGCUGUCUUUGACUGGGUCAACCACAUACUGACACCACUCAUUCCUUACCUCCUCAUUCUUCUCCUCAACUGUCUCACUGUCAAACAUAUCUUGGUGGCUAGUUUGGCCUGCAGAAGACUUGUACGCCAGGACAGUGCUGCCAACAGUGAUGAGGAGAUGAAAAGCCGAAGGAAAUCCAUCAUUUUACUCUUCUUCGUAACGGCUGGCUUCAUACUACUGUGGAUGCCCGAUGUCAUCUAUUUCAUCCUGGAACGAAUUGCCGAUCUUCAUUAUAGCGCAGCCAAUUUCACACACCCAUUGGCAAUUUUUGACCAGUGUAGCACCAUGUUGAAGCUCCUGAGUUCCUGCAUUAAUACCUUUUAUUUACACCUUGACACAAACUAA